AUGCUGUCGAGGUGUUGGAUUUUACUCUGGGUUCUGGUGCCGGCCUUCACGAGAGCUGAAAUCAGCAGCGACAGGGUCUACAGGAAAGGGUAUGGCCAACGAUUAGGGGCCGUCCCGCAAGCUGUGGGCGGCGAAGAUUACCCGGACGAAGGAGAGAUUAUCCCUUCAUUCGCUGAACCCGUGCAGAACAUAACAGUCCCCAGAGGCCGCGAUGCCAAGAUAGCAUGCAUCAUAGAUAAUCUGGGCGACUAUCGACCUGCCUGGAUCAAGGAGAAAGACAAAGCCAUCCUCACAAUGCACCAGCAAAUUAUCAGCCGAAAUUAUCGCAUCAGUUUGUCGACCUCCGACAACCGAGUUUUUACUUUACACAUCCGAAACGUCCAAGAGAGCGAUCGGGGAGGUUAUAUGUGUCAAAUCAAUACCUCUCCGGUAAAGAGCUCAACGGGAUACCUGGACGUUUUGGUGCCUCCGGAUAUUUUGGCGGAGCAGUCUUCGUCUGAUGUUGUGGUUCGGGAGGGCGCCAACGUCUCUCUCGUAUGUAAGGCGAGAGGCUAUCCGACGCCAUCGAUAUCGUGGCGUCGAGAAGAUGGAGAACCUAUCCCUUUGGGUGGAUACAAACAACCCACCAACAACAAGCUGCACACACUCGUUCAUUCUUACACGGGAGAGACAUUGAACAUCGCCCGAGUCUCGCGGAUACACAUGGGAGCAUAUCUUUGCAUCGCCAACAACAACGUUCCAUCGCCUGUAUCGAGACGCAUCAUGCUCCAUGUCCACUUUUCGCCGGUCAUUUGGAUACCUCAGCAAUUGGUCGGUGUCGCACCUCGGCACAACGUUUCUCUUGACUGUCACAGCGAAGCUUAUCCUCUGUCCACGAUCCAUUGGUCGAAGGAGGGAACUCGACUAUCGGGAGAAGGCAGCCAAGCCUUCAAGUAUCAUAUCGAAUCGAAGCGAACUUCGUCCUACAAAAUUCGCUCGAUUCUGACAAUCAGAGAUAUGCAGUCGACCGACUACGGAUUCUACAAGUGUGUCUCCGAGAAUAUACUCGGCUUCACCGAAAGUUCAGCACAGAUCUACGAAGUAUCGCCAGCCAGAUCCUCCUCGACGCAGGAGUCCAUGGUCGAAGACGACGAAGACGAUCACGACCCCACCUACGGCAUGGGAACCCCGGAAAAAUCCUACAGUGAUGGUAAGUACUUUACGGAGGAAGUGUUACGCCCAAAGGAGCUCACGAACAAAGCAUCCGGAGCAUUGAGUUCCAUUUCGAACGCCGUUAUCACGCUACCAUGCGUCCUGGUCGCUCUGUUGAACAUCUCGUGA